GCGAACGCGCUCUUUGCGACCGCGGGUGGAACGGCGGAGCGCGGCGCGCAGCUUUCACUGUAUCUGGAGUCGUGCUGUAGCGCAAUGCCUCGUUUUACAGUCCACAUCCGAGACGAGUGGCUGGCGGUGCCGUGCCGGGACACCACCUACACCGUCGGGUGGCUGGGACAGGAAGCUCUUAAACGUUACAUUAAGAACAAGCCGGACAACGGGGGCAUCACCUCUGUGAAGGACACCCGCUUCGUUGUGCGCAGGUGUCAGGGUUUGGGUUUGCUGGACGCGGAUGACACAAUCGAUGACGUACUAGAGGAUAAUGACUUUGUCGAGCUGGCUAUUGAAGGAGAUACCAUGUCUCCUGACUUCAUCCCAUGUGAGCCUGGAGUGUCCCAUAUCACAGCAGCUUACAAAGAACCUGAAGAAUAUAUUUUCCUGGAUGGCAACAGCCUGACAUCAACAGAUUUGGUCAACUUAGGCCGGGGACUCUACAAGAUAAAGCUGACUCCGGAGGCGGAAAAAAAAGUCGUGCAAUCCAGAGAGCUUCUGGACACCAUUGUCAAAGAAAACAGAGUUGUCUAUGGAAUCACAACAGGCUUUGGUAAAUUUGCACGAACGGUCAUUCCUGUCAGCAAACUGAAGGAGCUGCAGGAGAACUUGGUGCGUUCACACUCAGCAGGUGUGGGAAACCCACUGAGUCCAGAGAGGACCCGCAUGCUGCUGGCUCUGAGGAUCAAUGUUCUGGCCAAAGGCCACAGUGGAGUCUCUCUGGAAACCCUUCACGCCAUGAUCCAGGCCUUUAAUGCUUCCUGCCUCUCCUUCGUCCCAGAGAAGGGCACGGUGGGUGCCAGUGGAGACCUGGCGCCCCUCUCUCACCUGGCCCUGGGGCUGAUGGGAGAGGGCAAAAUGUGGUCUCCCAAGAGUGGAUGGGCCGAUGCCAAAUAUGUCCUAGAAGCCCAUGGACUGAAGCCAAUAACACUGAAGCCUAAAGAGGGCCUUGCUUUGAUCAAUGGGACUCAGAUGAUCACCUCCCUGGGGGCGGAGGCCGUGGAGCGAGCCCAGGCGAUCGCCCGGCAGGCGGACAUCAUCGCUGCGCUCACCUUGGAGGUGCUGAAGGGAACCACCAAGGCCUUUGACAGCGACAUCCAUCUGCUGAGGCCUCACCAAGGACAGAUGGAGGUGGCUCGACGCUUCUGCUCGCUGCUGGACUCUGACCACCAUCCGUCCCAGAUUGCAGAGAGCCACAGAUUCUGUGACCGGGUUCAGGACGCCUACACCAUGCGAUGCUGUCCUCAGGUUCAUGGAAUUGCCAAUGACACAAUAGCGUUUGUCCGCAACAUCAUCAACACAGAAAUAAACAGUGCCACCGACAACCCUAUGGUGUUUGCAGAAAGAGGUGAGACCAUUUCAGGUGGGAACUUCCAUGGUGAAUACCCGGCUAAGGCUCUGGACUUUCUAGCCAUUGCAGUCCAUGAGCUGGCCUCUAUCAGCGAGAGGAGGAUCGAGAGGUUGUGUAACCCCUCUCUGAGUGAACUGCCUGCCUUCCUGGUCACGGAGGGAGGACUCAACUCUGGCUUUAUGAUUGCUCACUGUACUGCUGCUGCAUUAGUUUCAGAAAAUAAGGUUUUAUGUCACCCGUCUUCCGUGGACUCCCUGUCCACCAGUGCAGCCACAGAGGACCAUGUGUCUAUGGGAGGCUGGGCUGCUAGGAAGUCUCUCAGGGUCAUAGAGCACGUGGAGCAAGUUCUUGCUAUCGAGCUGCUGGCAGCCUGUCAGGGUAUCGAGUUCCUUCGCCCGCUUCGCACCACCACUCCACUGGAGAAGGUCUAUGACCUCGUGCGCACCGUGGUCAAACCGUGGAUUAAAGACAGAUUCAUGUCUCCAGAUAUUGAGGCUGUUCACCGUCUCAUAAUUGACCAGAAGGUGUGGAACGUGGCCAAGCCUUACAUUGACAAGUACCAGUCAGAGUACAUCCCCGAGUCCCGCCCGGUGUCUCCCACCGCCUUCUCCCUGGAGACGCCAGCAUCGCCACGGAAACGUGUCCGCCAUGAGUGAACGCAGCCGCGCUCCACCCGAAAGGCCAAAAGCGGCAUUUAGAACCUAGUGAAUUUGAAUAACUGCCGCACAAUGUUGUUUUUAUUGUAGACUGGAAUCCUAGUUUCAUUUUGAACAUAUAACUUGAUAACUUUGUAACUCUGAACUUUACUGUAUAUGUACAGUGGCCACAUCAGUUACACCUAUAAAAUGUAUUGUACUCCAA